CCUCCAGAAAUUACUGCAAGGCGCAUGCGCACAUCUUUGAUUUUUCUCUCAAAUCCCAAUUUACAAGCGUUCAGCUGUCAAACUGGACUCUCAUCCUCCUCGUUUCAUUCUCUCAUUCGGUUUCGGAGACGGGAUAUUGUCCUGAGGCCCCUGGGGGCCCACUUCUACAGUGACGUGCCAAAGGGCGGGGCAAGCGCUCAGGUGGACGCCGUACAGGUGUUGCUGAAGAUGAAACGCGCGUCCUGAUAAGCAGGCUGAGCUCUGCAUGCCGCCACAACUCCCUGCAGGCAUGGCCCCCAGCUGCGUUGGGAGGUGCGCGCCGCUGCUCUUCCUCGCUCUAGGGUUCGACGUGGCCGGUCUGGUGGUUCUUCUGGUCGGGAUUUUCGGUAACGUGAACCGCCAGGGCCGCUGGUACGGGGACUUCCUCGUCUACACGGGCUCGAUCAUCAUCUUCCUCAGCCUCGUGUGGUGGGUUCUGUGGUACACCGGCAACGUGCAGCUGUACGCGGAGGACACCAUCUCCCUGGAUGUCACCUUUACGCAGUGGGCCAGAAAGCUGUCGGAGCGGCUCUCCAUGAGGAGCCUGAAGCGUCUGGACAUGCAGAAGAAGAACACACCGAUGCGCCUCUCCGCGCCACCGACGAUCACCUGGGAAGACGGCGGCAGAGCGAUGACGCCGCGAGGCCACGAGAACGAGGGCUUUGACGGCGGGACCGAGUGCGCGUCCCCGACGCACAAGAACCUGGAGCUGGGGGUCCUGACGGGCUCAGAGGAGAAGAGGUUGGAAAGGCUUCUGUGACUAGAAAUGGCAGCAUUCACCUUCCCCCUUCUGAUGGAAAAGACAGACUUUGAGAACAAUUAUGUUUUAAAAUACAGUUAAAGUGGCUUUUGGAAUCGUCCUGAACAUGCCUGCAGUGAAGAAGAGGAGCUGUGCACAAAGGAGGAAGAGUUUGCAGACGUACAAAGUUCAUUUAUGUGGAUUUUUCCAGGGAGUAGCUGUAAAUAUUUUUUUUUUGAGAAUAAAGUUGAAUAUUUUUUCUGAAAUGG